GUUAUACAUCUAUGGAUGAUUAUAUUGAACGCAAUUAGUAGUGUGUUAUGAUAAAAAACAAAGGAUAUAUGUGUUUUUACUGAACGGUUUGUUUUCGUAAUGCGCGAUUUUAAAAGUUAGACAAGUAUAAUAAUUCACUUUGUCACACAAGUGUCAAAUACAUUAUACAUCGGGUAUUAGUAUGUACACUAUUUAUGUGUCGAUUGUUUUCUUAAGGAAGUGAUAUUUGCUCGUAGUUAUCUUGAAAACACCAGCCAUGAACGAGUUUUACCUAUUCACAGUUCUGCUCAUCACCCUUCCUGAUUUAGUGACAUUGAAAGUAUGUGAAUACAGAGACAGUUGUAGUUGUGUUUUUGACGACGGCAGUGGGAUGAUAGAUUUGGCGUCACUAGCAAGAACUGAUGGGAUGCCGUUGUUCCAAGAUCAAAGCUCCACGGCAGAUUUAUUUCUGUACUCCUAUAAUCCUUGUAAAUCAUUCGACGAGGGCACAUGCACAAGUGUGUCGGCCUGCCAGUAUGACCCCUACCUGUAUGUGUAUUACGAGAUUGGCAGUCAAAACCACGUGACCUUUAACGUUGAUGGAUCAAACGUUGUUGCCAUAUACGCCAGUGAUGAUGGUGCAAGAUCGACACACGUGACGCUUGUCUGUGACACUAAUCCGAAUUCACCUCCAUCAGUAACGGUCACUGGUGAAGGGGCACAAACGAAUUACUAUAUGCAGGUGACGGCACCACAGCUAUGUGCAGUUCCAGCACCUGCAGGAUGGGGCGGCGGGGGUCUCAGCGGGGGCUCAGUUCUACUGAUCAUAUUUUUCGUACUGGUGAUAGUGUAUAUAGUCCUGGGAGCAGUCUUUUCGAAGUACAAGAAACAGGAGUCGGGGAAGGGCCUCAUUCCAAACUACAACUUCUGGAUGGAUUUACCGGCACUUAUAAGGGACGGUUGGGCAUUUGUAAUAAUGCUUGUUUGUCGACAAAAGUAUGGCUAUGUAUCAACGAAAUAACAACAUGACCAACACUUUUAAACAUAUUUAUACUUUAUCUACGCCCAUAUAUUGCAUAACAUUCCACAAUAACAGUAGGAAUCCCGCUUUUUCAACGACUUUUUUUAACGGUAGAUGUUUUUUUUUAAAUCUUAAACCCUUCUGAUAUAAUUUUCCAAUACUGGACGGUUUUCUUCAGACUUAAUUUAUCUAAUUUUGCAAGAGAAACAUUCAUUAUAAAUGUUCCAUGAUACACGUUCGGGCAAGGUUAAGCUUGUGCGCAGGUACAAGGGUUUGAUCUCCCCUUAUCUGUAUAUAUUUGCAUGCAAUGAUUGUGCAAAGACGGUUACUCUAAUAAUGACCAAUUACGAUAUGUUGAUAGUUGUGUAAAGUAGCGCUGUGUCUCGUUUCAUGGUUGUGUGGUCCUGAUAUUUAGGCUACUAGGCUUGUGCAUGUAGUUUCCAUAGCUUUAGUCAAAUUCAAGUUCAUGCUAUAUUCCGAUAUUCUGUCGUACACUCGUUGAUAAGAUGGUGUCCACCAGCCGUGUUAAGACGUCAUUUAAAUUUACACUUUUUACGUCAAUAUCCGAAAACUCAUUCGCAUAAAAUGCAUUUGAAAGAACUAUUUCAGAUUUAAAUGAUAAAAUGUUUUAUUGGAAACCUCCUCAAGCCCUAAUAAACCCAUCCAAAUUAUGUAUUGUUCGUAUUUAUCAGGAAGGGGCAGACUUUCGGAGUUGUGCCACCAAUGUGGUCCCCUUUAUGGUCAAAUCCUGAAGCUGCCACUGCUAUCAGAAUUGUCUUUAGUUUUACAACGUACGUGUAUAUAUAAAUGCUUGUAAGAACUGUUUGUUCGAAACUUGAUCAAUAUACAAACAAAAUAUGUUGGAACGACUGAGAAUGCGUCUUCAUAGAAACGAGUAAUAAAUGACAAUCAAGAAUAUCAUGUUGUGGAUACAUCAAUGUUUUUGUAUAAAAUAUUGUAUAUAACCUUUUGAA